UACACUGUACAGAUUAAUAUUUUACCGUAUUUCAUAAUGAUUGUGUUGUUUGACUACAGAAAAUAAGCGUAUAAAAUGAAAUUUUCGCUUGUGUUGGUUUAUUGUAUGUGGCAAAAUGUCCUUGGACAGAAGUAUGAUGAUACUUGCGAAUGUGGUAUUGACGGCAAAAACCGACGGAUUGUCGGUGGAUCAUCAGUCCAGCCUCACCAGUACCCCUGGCUGGUGGCUCUGAUGCUGGGGAGUAAGCUGCACUGUGGUGCUGCCAUCAUCACUAACAAGCAUAUCCUUACUGCUGGACAUUGUAUUACGUUCGGUGUCAGCUACUGGGACCUAAAAGCCUUCAUCGGCAUGCACGAUCGUUUAUCGAACACUCAUACUGUAAUGAAGAUCGUGAAGGGGGUGAAACAUCCUAACUUCACUUCGAAUGCCGUGAGAGAUAUCAACGAUAUCGCAGUGCUCACGACAGAGAAAACGAUCAAGUUUAAUAAUAAAGUCGCACCGAUCUGUCUUCCUACUGAAGAUAUGGAUUUCAACAACGUUCUAUUCACUGUGGCUGGCUGGGGCAAGAUACAGCAGACGCAAGCGUCGUCAUCCCGAUACUUGAUGGAGACGAAAGUCAAAUUAGUCUCUAGUGACAAGUGUAUAAAGUCUAGUAUAUACAGAGAAAACCUGGUGCCUGACUCCAUGAUGUGCGCUUACAGCGUUGGGAAGGAUGCUUGUCAGGGUGAUAGUGGUGGGCCAUUAUUUGCGAGUCCCACGCGAUCUCCACGGAGCAAGUAUUACCAAGCUGGCAUAGUGUCAUGGGGUAUUGAUUGCGCUAAGCCAGAUUAUCCAGCUUGUGGAAAGCCCGCAGACUCGGUUUUCUCGACGCGCAUAGUGGGCGGACGGCGCGCUAUCCCGCACUCCUACCCGUGGGCGGUCCUCAUAUUCUACAAGGACAACGUGAACUGCGGAGGAGCUUUGCUCACUAACCAAUACAUCCUAGCCGCUGGACAUUGUUUUAGAUGGAACAAUAACUUGGUAGUCAACCACAUGACCGUUGCUCUUGGGCUAGAUGAUUUGCGGUUCAUGGAUGCCGUCGUGAUGAGGGACAUAGUCAAUGUUGUCGUCCACGAACAAUUUACAACGACCGUGCAACGAGACGAGAACGAUAUCGCGGUGGUAAAAAUGAAUGCACCUGUGGACUUUAACGACGUGAUCAGACCAAUUUGCCUACCUUAUCCAAAUCAAGAUUUUACGCAUAGAAUGACUACGAUCGUCGGCUGGGGAAAGGCAGACGAGGGGACACUCUCUAGCGUUCUACUGCAGGCUUCACUCCGGGUUCUGUCAGAUGAGGAGUGUAAGGGGAGCAAUCUUAGCGAGCACAUAGUGCAAGAGACAAUGAUGUGUGCUUUUUAUAAAGGAAGAGACGGUUGUCAGGGAGACAGUGGUGGCCCUUUGUUAGCCUUUGAACCUAGCGGACACUACGUAUUAGCUGGUAUCGUAUCUUGGGGCAUUGGGUGUGGAGAUGAACGAUUCCCAGGGGUGUACACAAAAGUAAGCAAAUACAUCGAUUGGAUAAAUAAACACAUUCCUGGUACACAAACUUGUAAAUAAGUGUAUUGAAGAAUAAUUACUAUUUAAGGCUAAAUAAAAAUUAAAGAAUUUUGUA